CGGGGUUCUGUGCGGUGGGUGUGGCGCUGACGCUCCUGUGCCUGCCUCAAAGCCCCCCCUCCCGCCGCGCUCUCCUCUCAGUUCACCUGCUCAGAGCCCGGCUGUGCUGCUGCUGCCUCUGCCUCUCAGUGCGGUUCAUUCAUCUCCCAGAGAAACUUGGCUUCGUAUUCGUCGACUCCUGCGUGUGGACAGAAAGUCGACACGCUUUUCCUCGCCCUCGUUUGGUUUGAGAUUUUUCUCUGGACUCAGAAACAUCUGGUCGGGUGACCGUAAACAGGAGACCUGCUGCUCUGCCGCUGAUUCUCCAGCUAUGGGAAUGAUGCACUUGGCCGUCCGCGUCUUGGCUGCCUUCUUCGCCGCGGAGAUGUUCGCUCAAGCGAGCGACACAAAGAAGGUCAUCAGCCAGUAUGGAGAAAACAUCACAGUUCCGUGCAACGGCAGCGAUAACAAGCCUGCGGAUCUGAUCUUCACCAAGUGGAAAUAUACGAGAAGUGACGGCACCUCAGGAGACCUUUUGGUGAAGCAGGCCCAGAAGGAUGAGGCGAAGAUCUCGGCCACGGACAGCUAUAAGGACCGUGUUAACAUCACGUCUGAUUCCAGCCUGGUGAUUACCCGGGCCACCCUCAGUGACCAGAUCACCUUCACCUGUAUGGUGGUCUCCUUCUCCAAUCUGAACGAAUACCCAGUGGAGGUGGAAGUGCGGAAGAGACCAUCGGCUCCUGAGCUCAAGAACAAAGCAAGUCAGCUGGAAAAUGGCAAACCAACACCACUGGGCGAGUGUGUGUCCACAGACGCAAACCCUCCAGUGGAGAUCAUCUGGCUGAAGAACAAUCAGACCCUGGUGGACAAUGGCAAUACGGUCGUAAUCACCACCACCGAAACGAAAGACUCAGUGACCGGACUGUCCAGCAGUAAAUCUCGGCUGCUGUACGCAGCAGGGAAAGAGGAUAUGACCUCAAAGUUCGCUUGCCUUGUGCGACACGUGACUGGCCCUGACCAGGUGACCGCACCAGUGGCCUUCAGCAUCUACUACCCCACAGAAAAGGUGAGUCUGCAGGUGAUGCCUGCAGGACCUGUUAAGGAAGGUGACAACGUGACUCUGAAAUGUCAGGCAGAUGGAAACCCACCACCCACCAACUUCAACUUCCACAUCAAGGGUAAGAAGGUCACGGUGACCGGCUCCAACGUGCACGUUCUCUCUGGAGUGACCCGCGACGACUCAGGCGAAUACAAAUGCUCUCUGCCCAACAACGACAAGAUGGAAGCCACAGCGAUGAUCACGGUGAACUACCUGGACCUCUCAGUCAGUCCUUCAGGAAGAGUGCUGAAGAAGCUUGGAGAGCUCUUGGAGGUUAAGGUGGACAAGAACGUCUCCAGUGAACCCACAGUGAUCUGGACUAAGGAGGGGACCAGGCUGGAGAAACAGCCCAACUUUACAAUCCUGACGUACAGCCAUGCGGGAGUCUACACGUGCGAGAUGUCUGUAGGAGGAAUCAAACGCAGCUCAUCCUUCCAGCUGAUAGUAGAGGGCACUCCUAUAAUUAACAGUUUGACGAAGAAGCGCAGCACCGACGGUAAAAACAAGGUGCUGACCUGUGAAGCGGAGGGCUCCCCUCAACCUGAUGUUCAGUGGAGUGUCAACGGAACUGAUAGCAAGAGCACAUACAACAAUGGAAAGGCCAUCUUCACCCUGACUGUGGAACCCCGUCUGAACCAGACUGUCACCUGUCGUGUCGUCAACAGUUUAGGAUCAGACUAUUUGACCAUCAGUGUAUUACCCCUAAUAGACGAGACACAGGCUAAGCAAGACCAACCAGAUGAUGAUGACAAGGCCAAGCUGAUUGUGGGCAUUGUGGUGGGCCUCAUCGUGGUGGCUGCUUUGGUGGGCAUCAUCUACUGGCUCUACAUGAAGAGAAGACAAGGCACCUGGAAGACAGGUGAGAAGGAGAUGGGCACUUCAGAGGAGAGCAAGAAGCUGGAGGAGAACAGCCACAGGCAAGAAGUUUAGAGCAGCUCACUCAACCCGGCACACACCAAGAAGAAAAGAGGCCUUGCCACACUGAAUGUGCAACACCACAACAUGUCUAUCAUCUGAUCUCCGACGCCUGAUUGGAUGCGUCCUCUCCGUUCAGGCUGCAUACGUGUGCAUCGAAGAAUCGUCCAGAAAUGUUGCGAAAGGACAGUUUCCAGAAGAACCCCCCUAUCCUUUUCCCCAGACCCCCAGAGAAACACUACCCCAUCCACCAUCCCUCCUCCAAUCAGAAGAAGAAGAAAAAAAAUAUCCACUUGUGUUGUAUAUUUAGUCUGCACUGAAAACGGAGUUUGUUUUUUUAUUUCUUUUUACUUAAUUUCAUUGUGUUCCUGGUGAAUGCUCUUGUUUUAUGCGCGUUGCAGGUGUGGUGGGUUCAAGCUAUCCCUCUUUACUCCCUCUCCCUCCCUUCUUUUUAGUAGGAAAGAUUGAAAAAUUCACUGUACACUUUUUUCAGGCCUUUGUAAAUACGUGAUCGCGAGCUCAUUUCUCUUUGCUAAAUGCCGAGAUUACUGAGAUUACUGAUAAUUCAGGUUUAGUUCACGCAGGACUGAGUGAUCGCUCUGCCUCUCUCUCUGCUGAGUUAAUCUGCUCCUGUGAAGCCUGCUGGAUCCUGGAGGAAUGAAGACGACUUCACUGCUGUUACACACUCCCACUCUCAGUUCAGAUCCUUUGGCUUUCAUUGAUCAGUACCGCUUUAGGUUGCUACCACCUCCCCUCCAUCUAAAAUCGAUUCGAUUCACAGUGGUCCAGAAGCUGCAAGCUGAUUUUCUCUGAAUGCUUGAAGUCGUAGUAAGUGAGUAGUGGUUUAGUACUGUAGGUUUAGCUGUAGGGAUGUGAAGUCUUGUUAAAUGCAGGGAUGUGUCUUGGCGGAUUCUACGUUGGCCUUAAUGGAAGGUAGUUUUUUGUUGAUCAAGUUUCUAAGAGCCUUAAAAAAACAGAAGGUGGGAUCAGACCUUAAGUACUAGACAAACACAACAACAAACACAAUAAACUUAACACUAUCAAACAGAUGUAGAACAAACAUGAAACAGGUUAUUCAACAUUUUGGCCUUUCUGUAGGCGAUGAUUAGAUUAGAAUAAAAUCGUAUGUUUACCAGUGUCACCACACAACAUCCACAUCAACCUCAUCAUCAUCUAUAUCUUCUUCUUAUCUGCGUAGUUCAGGGCACGCUUGUGGUGGCAAUACUGGGCAAUAGAGCAAGCCGAGAUGCCUAGGCAUCCCUGUCCAAGGUCAUUUUAACAACCAGUGGCUUCUCCUGGGAGAUGCCGAGGUGCUCCCAAGCCAGCCAAGAGUUAUAGAGUCCCUCCAGUGUGUCCUGAGUGUUUCUUGGGCUCUUUUAAGGUCUUGUGCCAUUUGGAUUCCCAGAUGCUCCCAGUCUAACCAGAAGAUGCUAAUUGCUCUUGCCUGGUAUAUAUCAAAAGACAGGCACCAAGAAGGCAUCCUUAGAAGAACCCUGAAACACCUCAGCUGUCUUCUCUCAAUGGAAAGGAGCAGUGGCUCUUCUCCAAUGCUGGUUGUACCACCUCAGCUGAAAAUAUGAAGCAGUAAUGGUUCUACUCCAAGAUCUUUAUCCUUUGAGAGAGAUUGAGCUCACCUAUUUUUUUACAGAUUUUUUUUUUUUUUACUUUUGGGGAAGCUAGAGACAGAGGUUGCUUGGUAAAUCUAGAGUUUUGCUUAUACAGCAACUCAUCAUCAUCUUCUUCAACAGGAGGCAACCAGUGGGCUUCUUGAUUAGAAUUCUGAACCACCUCAGAUGCCUCUGCUACAAGGCAUCUAAUAAAGACCCCCUGAUCACCCCUGCAGAGGUGUCUCCUGUCAGUUGGAAGGCAAACAGGGGGCUUCUUAAACUGAUGCUUGAACCACCAUUGCUGCCUCUUCUCAAUCAGAAGAAGAAGUGGCUUUUCUCCAAGGCGUCUAAUAAAGAAACCCCCUGAUUGCCCCCUGUGGGGGUUUCUAAAGCAACCAGGGUGAUUCUUUAACUGUUGCAUGAACCACCAUUGCUGCUUCUUCUUUUGUCAGAAGAAGCAGUGGCUCUUUUCCAAGGCAUUUAAUAAAGCUGAUCCCCUGAUCGCCCCCCAGUGCAGCUGUCUUUUGCCAGCUGGUUCUGCCAACUGGCAAAAAUACCUCCAACAGGAGGCAAACAGUGGGCUUUUUUAUUAGAGGCCUGAGCCACCUCAGCUGCCUGUUCUCCAUGGGAUGUCAUAAAGACCCCCUGAUCAUCCCUACAAAGGUGUCUCCUGUCAGUUGCUUCUGCCAACGGACAAGAGGCACCUCCAGUGAAAGGCAACCAGAGGUGUUCUUUAACUGAUGCCUGAACCACCACUGCUGCCUCUUGUCAGUCAGAAGAAGCAGUGGCUCUUCUUCAAGACAUCCAAUAAAGAAGCCUCCAGUUGCCCCUUAGUGCAGCUGUCUCUACCACCUUAGCUGCCACUUACAAUAUGUAGGAACAUUGGCUCUACUCCAGACUCCUCACCCUUUGGCAAGGAGUGAUCAAUUAAGGGUCUCCUGCUCAGUUGCCUCUUCUUAAUAUAAGGGAGCAGUGGCUCUUCACCAAGAAGAAUCCUAGUCACCCCCAUUGGCAAAGUCUCUUGCCAUUGGUUCUACCAACGGGCAAGAGACACCUUCAACAGGAGGCAACCUCAGGCUUCCUUAUCUGAAGCCUGUUCCACCUCAGCUGCCUCUUCUUUGUCAGAAGAAGCAGUGGCUCUACUCCAAGGCAUCUAAUAAAGAAGAUCCCUAAUCGCCCCUCAUUGGAGAUGUCUCUUGCCCAUUGGUCCUCAAACAGGAGGCAACCUAAGGCAUCCUUAUCGGAAGCCAGUACCACCUAAGCUGCCACUUGCCAAUAUAAAGGAACAGUGGCUCUACUCCAAACUCCUUAUUCUCUGGCAAAGAGUGACCUAUUUAGAGUUUCCUGCUCAGCUGCCUCUUCUCAAUUUGAAGGAGCAGUGGCUCUUCUCCAAGGCUUCUACUAAAGAAGACUCCUAGUCGCGCCCCCCCCCCCCC